CGUUAAGUUAAUAUUAUAAACGAAAUUUGUGUAUUUAUUGAGAAAAGUUUGAGUGAUAUUUUUUGGAGCGUGCACCCAAGACGGAAUUUUUUUGUAAAGGAAUAACUUAAAAAGAAAAAUAUUUGUAAAUUAGUGAUUAUAUCAAUCAAAAUAAUAUAUAAAUUAAGUUUUCAAGUGUGUUUUAAGUGCUUAACAAUCUCAUUAUCGUUUAUUUAAUGUCCAAAAUACAAAAUUCGCAAUAGAAAUUGAUGAGAUAUAUACCAAACAAACAAACUCGCAUAAACAAUCGUCGAUCUAUGUAUUUCAUCCGAUAUGCUGAAGGAAAAAAAUAAUAGUGUUUUCAACAAGAUGUCUCGAAAGGAAAAGUAUGAGACAAACAAUCGAAGGCAACAAACUUUCAUGUCACCAGAAGAUGUUGCAUCAGGUAGAAAAUCAUCAUGGCAGGGCGUUGAAAUAAAUGGUAAUGUACGAAACAUCAGUCCUCAAUUAUGGCAUUUCGAACAUCUUACUGCAUUAUAUCUGAAUGAUAACUGCUUAACACGUUUACCACCUGAUAUUGGACUCCUUGCUAAUUUGAGGACCUUAGAUGUAUCCAAUAACAAAUUAAGGAGCUUGCCUGCUGAAUUAGGUGAACUAAUUCAAUUAAGAGAACUACAUCUGAAUCAUAAUAUGCUCCGUAGUUUGCCUUAUGAACUCGGGAAAUUAUUUCAUCUUGUUGUUUUAGGACUGCAUGGAAAUCCAUUAACAAAAGACAUUCUUUCCAUUUAUAAUGACAUGAACGGCACCAACAAACUCUUGACGCACAUGUUGGACAAUUUUAGCUUAACCGUAUCGGGUAAUUCGCCGCCACAAAGACCAUGGAUACCUCUUGCAAGACCUAAUCGAUCGAGACCAGCAUGUAUAUUCACCGUCAUGUGCUAUAAUGUCCUAUGCGAUAAAUAUGCGACAAGACAAAUGUACGGAUACUGUCCAAGUUGGGCUCUUACUUGGGAAUAUCGCAAGAAGGCAAUAUUGGAUGAAAUUCGUCAUUAUUCAGCAGACAUUAUAAGCUUACAAGAAGUUGAGACAGAUCAGUUUUACAAUUUUUUUAAACCAGAACUCAAGAAUGAUGGAUAUGAGGGUAUAUUUUCACCGAAAUCUCGAGCUAAGACUAUGUCAGAAAACGAUCGUAAAUACGUUGACGGAUGUGCCAUCUUCUUCCGUGCAAAUAAAUUUUCCCUGAUCAAAGAACAUUUGGUAGAAUUCAAUCAAUUAGCAAUGGCAAAUGCUGAGGGAUCUGAUAAUAUGCUUAAUCGUGUUAUGCCGAAAGAUAAUAUCGGUUUAGCAGCUGUGCUGAAAGUAAAAGAAAAUGCAUGGGAAGGACUUUCACCAGAGCAAGCUGCUAUUUCACAACCGAUUCUCGUUUGUACAGCUCACAUUCAUUGGGAUCCAGAGUUUUGUGACGUCAAGUUGAUUCAAACUAUGAUGCUUUCGAAUGAGUUAAAGACAAUUCUUGAUGAAGUGUGUCAUAGCUUUAAGCCAGGACAGAAAUACGACAGUAAUAAUGUUCAAUUACUUUUGUGUGGUGAUUUCAAUUCACUUCCCGAUUCUGGAGUAAUUGAAUUUCUAAAUACUGGCCGUGUUUCUAUGGAUCAUGCAGAUUUUAAAGAGCUUGGUUAUAAAUCAUGUUUGCAGAAGAUCUCAAAUUGUGAUACGCCCAAUGAAUUUACUCAUUCCUUUAAGCUCGCUUCAGCGUAUAGUGAGGAUAUCAUGCCCUAUACAAAUUUCACAUUCGACUUUAAAGGUAUUAUCGACUACAUAUUUUACUCCAAACAAGGUAUGGUUCCUUUGGGUUUACUUGGUCCUCUGUCAUCGGAUUGGUUGCGAGAAAAUAAGGUUGUCGGAUGUCCACAUCCAAGAAUACCAAGUGAUCACUUUCCAUUAUUGGUCGAAGUCGAAUUGGUGUAUAUGAACAGUCCUCAAACGCCAAAUGGUUUUAUUAAUCGAAGAUAGUCGACAACUGAGCAGUUUAAAAUCAUCAAGCCUCCCUCUCAUCAUCCAUAAGCAACAACAACAACACACACACAUACAUAAAUAUACACAUACACACACAACAACGCGUACAACAACUUUCUUUUUUUUCUCAUUUAGAAUGGACAAAUUUUCUUUUGAAACGAUUAAAGGAUGACUAAAAAAAAUCAAUGAUGCAAUUCUAAACUUUGAACUAAGCUUCCGACAGAUUUUUCUCUCUCUUUAUUUAUUUGAAAUGAGCUUAGUACUGUAAAAAGUAAUAUUCCUUAAAACAAGCAUGCAAAUUUUCAUUUCUAUUGAUUGUAGCAACAUUACUGUAAUUAUGAACUUGAAAGUAAUUUUUUCGAUAUUUAAUUUUAUCUUUAUCUUUUUCGGAACCAAAACAAAUUUUUAAAAAUAACAAAUUAUAUAUUAUUACAACUAUUAAACAAAUACUUUUUAUUUUAUCAAUCAUUUGGUGAAGAUUUUUGCCAAUUUUUCGUUUUAUUCGUUGACAAAAAAUUAUUUUACGCAUGUAUUUAGAAGUUUCCUCCAAUAUAUUUACAAAAGAAGUGAUGAAAAAUGAUGAAAAUUUUUAUAACCUUCUUCUAAUGAAGGACGAAUUGAAUUGCAUUUUAAUGAUUACAAAACACAUACAUCACGUAUAUAGCAAUCAAUUAUUGAACAAAAAAAAAAAAACUAUGAGAAUGUAUGAAAAAUGAAAGAUUUUUAAUAACUCCUCUUAAUUUUCAACAUUUAAAACCUAAACAAUAAUUUUGACCUAAACGAAAAACACAAACUUAAAGAAUAUAUAUUAUUAAAUUAAAUAUCAAUGUGAUCCUUAUAC